AUGUAUUUAAGGUAAUAUUCAAAACUUCCCUUUUACGAUGGAUUUGAAAUGUUCCGUAGGCUUAAAAUGCUUAAUCCUAAAUAACACAAUCCACUUGUUUAUGCAAUUAGACCACCAGAAACUAAUCUCGGAUAUCCUUUGAGAGAGGAAGUAAAUGAUACUGAGAAUCAAAAAGUGCUUAACAAAUUAAUGCAUCGAUAUCCAGACCUUAAAUAUGCUCCAUUAGUAAAGGAAGGACUUGGAGAAAAUUAAAAUGAAGGAUCAUUAUUUCGCUUCUUGAAGAUGUUUAAUACAUUAAGAAAAAAGGGAUAUCAAUUUGAUAAGGUAUAGAAAUAUAAUAUGACUAGGCAUUUGAAAAAGCUGAAAUGGCCUUUUAGGCAAAAAUGCAAAGAAAAAUAGAUUAAACUAAAAUAGCAAAUAAUUUAGCAAUAACAAAUUAAGCAAGAUCAUUUAUGACAUUAGCCUAAUAAGAAAUAGAGUUUGAAUAGAGAUUAAAAAGAGAUAGAUUAUUAAGAGAUUUAAAAAUCUAAGAGUUUGAAAAAAACUCACCUUUGGACCCUGAAACUCAAGCUUUGAUGGAUAAUUACAAAAAAUCCCUUAUAAAAGUAGUUCAUCAUGAUGAUAAGCCAGAGGAGACCACACAUAAAGAAGACGAAGAAACAUUUACAGAGAGAGCAACAAAUGUCUUUAAUUGUUAUUAUAACAGAGUAGCAACAUAAGAUAAAUUGAACGGUCUAAGUGAUAAAUAGAUUCUGUAAAAUAUUAGACAAUCACCAUCUAAAAUAAAGAAUAGAUUAAGGAAAUAUUUGAGAGUUUUGUAGCAUUACAAUAUUACCUUUGAUGAUGAAGGUGAAUUCGUUAUACCUGAAGAUCUCCCAGAAAACCUCCAAUAUUAAAUUGGAAAGGGAAUAUUUUAUAUAACAAAACUAUACGACGAUCUUGAUUUUGAAUACUCACAUCAUGAACACUUAGAUACACUGUAAUAGGAACUUGAGGAUAGACUUUAAGAAUAAAAGUAAAAUAGACAACAUUACAAUGAGGAUGCAGAAUUUGCUAUUAAAAAAGUAUUAUAGGAUGCAAACAUCAAAGCUUAAAACACAUAUUCAUUAUUCGAGACACCAGAGGAAAGAUUGUCUAGAUUGCAAAUUAAGUGGUUAUAUAGAAAAAUAGAUGAGUAUACAUUAGUUAAGCUUAAACAUGAAGAUUAAAGUGAAGAAUCUUAAAAAAUUAUUGAUGAAAAAAUAGAGAAGUUAAGCAAUCAAGCACAAAAAUUAGUUGAUAAUUUAAGAAGAAUGAAAUUAGAAUUAGAAUAUUAAUCCUUUGCUAAAACAGGUAAACAGUUAUUUUAAGAACACGCUGUCUUACUUAAAGAUAAAGAGUUAUUUGUUGAUGCCAAUAAGUUAUAAAUGAAUGAUAUUGAUAUCUAUUUCAAAAUUCCUGUUGAUUAAAGAAGAUUAACAUAAGCAGGAUAAGUUAAUGAUGAUAUCAUUCAUAAUCUUAUCAAAGUGUAACAUCUCUUAUUUAAAUUAGAUAAAACUUAAAAUCUCAUGUGUCUAGAUUAAAUCAUGAUGAUUUAGAGAACAGAGUAGGUGAUUCUUCUUUGAAAGACGAGACUGCUGAGAUUUUAAAGAAAAAGAUAUUGGCUUAAUAUAAGUUAUUGAAUUUGGCAAAGAAAUAAUAAUUAAAAGGAAUGACUGAAGAAGAUUAAAUUUUAGAAUAGAAAGAUGAAGAUUUCUCUCUUGAUGAUGAAGCAUUUAAUGAUAAUAUUGUAAAAAUAUAUUCAUAAUUAAUAGGCUGAUAAUUUAGAAGAAUUACAAAAGAGAUAAAGAGAAGCAAGACUUGAAUUUGAGAAAGAAAAAGCCCUUGAAGCUAAAUAGAAAGAAGAUGAAUUAAAAAGUUAAUAAGCAGUUAAGGGAUAAAAAGGGUCAAAGAAGAAAAAGGCAAAAAAAUGAUCUGUUUUAAGAGUGCUC